AUGACGGAGGAGCCUAGGGGCAGGAUACAUUUUGGGGAGGAGACUAGGGGCGAUGAGACUAGGGGUGGGGGACGAGGUCGGAGGAGACAAGGGGCAGAGAUGACUAGGCGCGUCGGAGACAAGGGACGGAGAACGAAUGAGGCGGAGAACACUAGGGACGUCGGAGACAAGAGGCGGAGAACGCAAGAGACUGAGAACACUAGGGGCGUCGGGGACAAGGGACGGAGGAGACUAGAGGCGGAGGAAACUAGGGGCGUCGGAGACAAGAGGCGAAGAAUACUAGGGGCGUCGGAGACAAGAGACGAAGAACGCAACAGGCGGAGAACACUUGGGGCAUCGGAGACAAGAGACGGAGAAAGCAAGAGGCGGAGAACACUAGGGGCGUCGGAUACAAGAGACGGGGAACGCACGAGGCGGAGAACACUAGGGGCGUCGGAGACAAGAGACGGAGAACGCAAGAGGCGGAGAACACUAGGGGCGUCGGAUACAAGAGACGGGGAACGCAAGAGGCGGAGAACACUAGGGGCAUCGGAGACAAGGGACGGAGGAGACUAG